AUAACAUCUUUUGGAAGAUUUCCACUCCCCCUUGAUCCACCCGCUGGUGCUCUAGAAUCGACGGAAGGUCUCUGACGCCACAGGUAUUUGAUAACCUGGAUAGAAGAGCCGGUAUGAUGUCUGUUUCAUUAUCUUUAUCGUUUACCAGUUUUUUGCUGAUUUUUUCGCACGUAGCUUUAGCAUCUGGAUAUGAGACCACAUAUGAAUUUGGAGCGGACUGUCCCAUAUUUACUAAAGAUGUAGAUGAGGGGAAUGAAAUAUACAUUGAAUACAAAGGAAAAGAUGUUGAAUCUUAUUGCGAUGACUUGAAAUUCCGUGGAAGAGGAAAUGACAUUUUAGACGAGUAUUCAGUGUGUGUGACUCCUCUUUAUUUCAAUGACGAUGAUUGUGCAGUCGAAAUAGACAUCAAAACAUCUUUUAAUGGAGUCACUAAACACAAAAUAACAUGCACUGAUAACACUGCCAAUUACUGUGGACCACAAGAUGAAACUCUUUACAUAGUGUUCAAAAAACGCUUUGGGAAAUCUACAAGAAAUGCAAAUUUUAAGCUAAAGAUCACAACAAAGAAAGAAUAUGAUUAUGAUGAAUCUCAUGCAUCUCUGAUUGGUGCCAUAGUUGGGGGCAUCAUUGGCGGUAUCGUUCUCCUCACAGUAUGCAUUGCUAUAUUUUGCUGGUGUGUGUGUAGACGAAAACCAACUCAGGGUAGAGUAUUCAAUCCUGCACAGGGAUAUCCGGUUACAGGAAACCCGUAUGUCGUCCAUGCUGCUCAAACACAACAGAACACGAUGACAACUCCCUCCAGUAUUUCCUCUCCAGGGGUUUAUCCAAUGGCAUCAUAUCCAGAACCAGGGGGACCUACAAAUCCACAGACACAUGGAAACAAUCUGUCCGAUCCACCACCAAACUAUGACGCAGUAACGGAGUCAUCAUCCUCACACGUUUAUGAUACAAUUCAAGAAUCGUCCAGACCGUCCACUAAUAACGAAGUCGUACGCAAAUGAUUUUCAAAUAUAUGCCUGUCGACUUUUUUGUUUGUUUGAAAAAAAAAUCAUGACUAGGAAUUAGGACAUAUAUUUCUAUAAUAACUCUUAAUUUUUGUUUGCAAAAACAAGUAAAACUUUAAGUUUUAAGAAAAUAUUGAUCAUAUUGUGUAUAGAUUUUAUGGCUGAUUUCAAAAAUUGCCCAAUGAUUAUAUUUCUGUUAUUAAAGACUCUUCAUAGAAAACAUGUAUAAAUAAAAUCUUGCAAAUUUGUCAUAACAGUUAGAAAAAAUAGGAGAAUAGCUACUAUUUGGUGUUUUAUGCUAACAUAUAGUAUCAAACUUGAACAGACGUGAAUAACGAUUGUACAAUUUAAAUAUAAUGUGUCUUCUUUUUAUAAGUCAUGUAAUGAUUAAACUUCUUGUACAAAAUUCUUUUCGAGUUUCAAACAUUAAUUUCGCAUUUUCUCUCCUUAAAAAGUUAAUGAAAAGGAAAACAUGACCUUAUGGUGAUAAUUUUCAAUAAAAAGGCAAUGUGUUCUACUAAAAAGCCAUUGAGUCAUCGGAACUCCAAGUUCAAUAUUGUGAUAGUUGCUUCUCCUUUCAAUGAGUUCUCUUUCAUUAAUAUAGGAAUAUAAAACCUUCAAAUAGAAAAACAACAAUUGCAAAAUCUUGCCAUGAUUUUAUGAUUGUUAAUUUUAAGAAACCUUUGUGCCAUUAAUGCUUUUUAUAUUUUUGAAAGUGACCAAAUUGAGUUUAAUUUCAAUAUCUUAAUGAUAAAAUUACAAUAUUUCCAAUUUCUUUUUGUAUUUUUCGCUUUUUUACUACCACAAUGAUCUGUUAUGGAUGAUGCGGACUUUCUGAUCAACUCAACUAUUAACUAAUCCCAUACAUGUUUCUUUUGUAAGAUAACUUUAAACUAUUAAAACUUAUCAAAGAUAUCAAACAUUUACUUUGUAUUUGUAAUCAAACGAGCAUUAUAUCAAGAUCGUUUUUAUUACGUAUUUAAUAAUCACAAUAUUUUAACUUUGGAUGAAAGCUAUAGCAUGUUUUGAUAUUUCAAGCCUUCAAUAAAUAUUUUUGCAUAAUUUCUGUAUUAUCUUGUCCAAAAUUUAAUUUAAUUAAAAUUAGACCUUUCUUAUC